AACGAGCAGUGGGACGAAGAGAGCCAAAGAGGAGAUGACUAUACAUCGGAGGCGGGUGGAGUGGACUCGGACGACAAUCUGCAUAGUCCAUUGCUUUCACGUCAGGCAACGAGCAUGGAUAAAGACAUGGUUCCCCCUCCUUCCCAUGGCAGUAUCCUCAGCGUGAGGCGCCACAGUAGUCUUAUGCAAGGAAAUGUCGAGGCAGUCGGUAAUACUGGGAUUGGUGGGGGAUGGCAGUUGGCAUGGAAAUGGUCUGAGAAAGGAGAGGACGGGAAGGAAGGUGGAUUUAAACGUAUUUAUCUGCACCAGGAGGAUAUUCCCGGGUCCCGACGUGGAUCGAUUCUUUCACUUCCUGGUGAAGAUGUCCAUGGAGAAGGUGAGUUCAUCCAGGCUGCAGCAUUAGUCAGCCAGCCUGCUCUUUUCUCUAAAGAGCUUAAAGAUCAGCGCCCCGUCGGCCCGGCAAUGGUUCAUCCAUCUGAAACUGUUUCGAAGACUCCCAUAUGGUCGGCUCUCCUCGAACCAGGCGUUAAGCACGCUCUAAUUGUAGGAAUUGGAAUCCAGAUUCUUCAGCAGUUUUCUGGGAUCAAUGGAGUUCUUUACUACACUCCUCAAAUUCUUGAAGAAGCAGGCGUUGAAGUUCUGCUAUCAAAUAUUGGGAUUGGUUCUGAAUCUGCAUCAUUCCUGAUUAGUGCAUUCACUACCUUCCUGAUGCUUCCCUGUAUAGCUGUGGCUAUGAGGCUCAUGGAUAUUUCAGGCAGAAGGCGGCUCUUACUCACUACCAUCCCGGUGCUAAUAGUAUCACUCCUCAUUCUCGUCGUGUUCGAGCUUGUUACAGUGAGCACCAUGGUCAAUGCAGCAAUCUCAACCAUAUGUGUAGUUGUUUACUUUUGCAUCUUCGUGAUGGCAUAUGGACCAAUCCCAAACAUCCUUUGCUCGGAAAUUUUCCCGACAAGGGUCCGUGGCCUCUGCAUUGCAAUAUGCGCAAUGGUUUUCUGGAUCGGUGAUAUAAUAGUAACCUAUUCUCUGCCUGUGAUGCUUAGUGCAAUAGGUCUUGCAGGCGUCUUUGGCAUCUACGCAAUCGUGUGCAUAGUUUCAUGGAUUUUCGUCUACUUGAAAGUCCCAGAAACCAAAGGAAUGCCACUCGAGGUUAUCGCCGAGUUCUUCUCUGUUGGUGCAAGACAAGCUGCUAAAGGUGCUACUAAUUGAGUUUGGCAGUCUUGACUCCCUACAGAAACUCCAUCUGUUCUUGCUGCAUUAAAGUAAGUAUGAACAGAAGGAAUGCGUAGCAAGCACAAAUUCGUUUCCUAUUUUGAAUUUUGGUUCAAGUUUGUGUACUCUUUAUGCAUUGGAGAUUGUGAUUAGUUUAGAUUCUUAUAAGCUGUUUUUUUCCCUCUUAAUUUUGAAGUGAACAAUAGUUGUAGCUAAUAAAAGGGUGUAUUCUAGCAUCAAAA